AUGGACCAAUUUGAGCGGCUGCGUGCAGUUGGUCUGUUAGAGAGGUACUCCACAGCAAGACAUCAUCUCAAAUUCUAUUUGAACGUGUCUAUUGCGGCUACUUACACUCUUCCGGAAACCUACAAUUCCCCCGUGAAGGACUAUGUAUACACAGCCUGUGGAAGACUCAUUGGCCAACAUCCAAUUCUAUCUGCUAUCCCGGUGGGCGAAGACACCAACGAACCUUACUUUGCGCGUCUUCCAGAGAUUGAUUUGGAGAAAUCGGUCUCGUUUGAGAAGCGCUCCCAUGAUUUUCCAGAAGCAGAUGAGCCAGACACUGAGUUGGAGACGCUUCUGACUGCGCAGCAUAACACGCCUUUUACAUCGCCAUUGCCCUACUGGAGACUCUGUGUGUUGACCGAUGCUACAAACGAACGGCGGUUUACGGCUGCUUUCGUAUACCACCAUGCAAUUGGUGAUGGAACAUCUGGCAAAGCCUUCCACAAAACAUUCCUCCAGGCAUUGCAUGAAACCGCCCCAUCAGUAGCCCCCGAAGAAGUCAAAACAGUCAUAGCUCCACCUCAGGUACCGCUGCUGCCAAAUUCCGAGGCAGUCCAUCCACACCCGCUGUCCAUUUUCUACCUUGGUACCACUUUGUUCAAGGAGAAAGUUUGGUCAUGGGCAGACCCUGGGCUCUGGACCGGCUCAGAGAUCAUCGUACCCCUGGAGACCCAAGUGCGUCAUAUCGUCUUCCCGGAACAUGUCACUUCAUCCCUGAAGGACUGCUGUCGUCAGAACAACACCACCAUCACCGCAGUGUUGGAAACCGCCAUUGCUCGCUCGCUUUUGGCUCGUCUUCCCGAAAAGUUCACGAGCGUCAAGUGCACUGGUGCUAUGUCAACGCGGAGGUGGCUGCCUGACAUUAUCACGGAUGAUUCAAUGGGCGUCUGGGUCCAGGAUUUUGAGGACACAUUCUCCCGCAGUAAAGUUACAAGUGACGGCUUCCCAUGGGAGGAGGCAAGACGCGCGCGGCAAACCAUUGAGAAUGUCCUGAGUUUGAAGGGGAAAGACGCCAAUCCCAACCUUCUCAAAUACGUGGAUAACAUCCACGAAGACCUCUUCCUGUCUAAGGUCGGCAAGGCAAGGAAAAGCAGCUUUGAGGUUUCUAACGUUGGCGUUCUGGCUGCGGAUCAAGAUCCCACCAAACCGCGGAUUGGAAGAAUGGUCUUCUCUCAGAGUGCAAGUGUCACUGGGAAUGCGUUGGAGGUUUCUGUUAUCACGGGUGGUGAUCGGUGUAUGGUGUUGGCUUUUACAUGGCAGACCCGUGUUGUAGAGUUGGAUUUGAUGUCUGCUGUCAUUGACUCGAUCAGGACAGAGCUGUUCAACCUUUGUUCUUAA